UAACGUCAUUACGUAGUACAUAUCGAAGCACGCAACGUGUCCCUGUUCUGUUGACUGGGAAGCCCCUAGCGCGGAGCUGCCAACGCCCGGCGUAAAGACACAAAUAGAGGAUACGAUCUUGAAUGAGUAGCGAAGACUGUAAAACCCAGCCAUGCAGACCAUCAAGUGUGUUGUAGUGGGGGACGGUGCUGUGGGUAAAACCUGCCUGCUCAUCUCUUACACCACAAACAAGUUUCCUUCUGAAUAUGUACCUACGGUGUUUGAUAAUUAUGCUGUAACUGUAAUGAUUGGAGGCGAGCCCUACACUCUGGGCUUGUUUGAUACAGCAGGUCAGGAAGACUACGACAGGUUACGACCUCUGAGUUAUCCCCAAACAGAUGUCUUCCUUGUCUGUUUCUCCGUCGUGUCCCCCUCCUCUUUUGAAAACGUCAAAGAAAAGUGGGUUCCAGAGAUCACCCACCAUUGUCCAAAGACGCCCUUCCUGCUAGUUGGCACUCAGAUCGACUUGCGGGAUGACCCUUCCACUAUAGAGAAGCUGGCCAAGAACAAGCAAAAGCCCAUCACUCCGGAGACAGCCGAGAAGCUGGCAAGAGAUCUCAAGGCUGUGAAAUAUGUCGAGUGCUCAGCCCUCACGCAGAAAGGCCUAAAGAAUGUGUUUGAUGAGGCGAUAUUGGCUGCAUUGGAGCCCCCAGAGCCCAAGAAGAAACGCAAGUGUGUGCUGCUAUGAGAGGCUCCUACCUUUUUUAAAAGCGCGCACACACAACACAUAACAUGAAUCUUAAAAACGUAAAUAUACACAUACACACACACACACACACACACACACACACACACACACACACACGCGAAACACACACAAAACACACACCCUCCCCUGCCACCACACCCCUUUCCCUCCCUCUGCUAAGGUUGGUUGACAGUGUUGCCCUCCACAGAGAAGACUAGAGAGAAAACAGCCUGCAAAGUUCCAGAUAAUUCUCUGCAAUAAAAAGAAGCUUCACCCCUAAGUCUGAGUUUGGGGCGGAUCGACCCAACCUGGCUGUGUUCUGGGCAGGGUGGCAUAGCCUCGCACGGGGAUCCACAUACCAAGCUUACACACAAGUAGAAUUCACCCUGUCAAGCUUUUGAUAGAUGAUUUUGAUUGUGGCCUAAUCGACUUUUAGACGUCCAGCCAAUUGAGAGGUUUCAUGGUUAUAAGCCCCAGCCCCUCCCAGCUGCCUGAUUGGUGGCUGCUCAUGCUGCUGGUCCCAUCCCCUCUUUGACGAGCACACUCACCAGCUGAUCCCUACGUUCUUUCUCAGCACUACCAGAAGAAAAUGCUAACAAAGUAGGGUUUUUUGUUUGCCAACCCCCCUUUUCCCCUCAAACACACAAGUCUGAGAUAUUUAUUCCAUGUUCCACAUAGGCGCGCUCUUAACCACUAAGAUAACUGUGUGGGUUCGACAGAACUCGUUAAUUCAGAGCAAUACGGCUAAAACUCCACACAGUGGAAACUUAAUUAGUAGAUAUUGCCAUCUAGCAUCAGGUCCUCUUUAGUGUGGACUUUCACAGUGCAGUCCAUUUGGAGUAGUAAUCACUUGAAGAGCUAAAGGCAUCCAGAAGUAAAGGGUCCAGUAGUCGACCAAGAGGAAUUGGCCCUUCAGAUGCAGGGAACUUAAACAGUGUUAGCAGAACAAGCGUUGUGUUCUUUAUGCGUGACCAAGGGAGGGUAAAGCAGGAUACUGUUUUAACAUUGGCAUCACCUUACACUCAGAACGGGUACAGCAGAGACACCCGUGGGAAGGCGCUGACACACCAACCCGAUUAUCGGCCGUCGGACCGUCUGGCGAGGUCGGUGACUCAGAGUCUGCUCUGUGUUUUACGUCAGUCAGAUUAGCCGUCGGCAUCCAUUUUGGCAGAUUUGACUUUUUAAAUCAGUUGGACUCAAUGAACGAUCUGAUCGGUGGAGUGCUACCCCUUGACCAGUGAAUCUGUGCAUGAGAAAACCGGAGCUGACAACGCCGGUAUCGUCUUGUUGCUAGCCAUCGUAUUUUCUUCCAUUCAGCAGGUAAUGACAACGAUGAUCCUUCUUGACUACUAUCAAAAAAAAAAAAAACUGUGACUGACGACGGCGUGCUCUGUGGUUAGUAGAUCCAGAGAGAUGUUAAAUCCUUUCCGGUUUUCAUUUUUGGGGGGCGACAAUACAGAUCGUCGUCGUCUCCUGUUACGGUGACGUAAUACGUCUCUGGCACGCGCAGAACGUACGCUCAGGUCGCCGUCGCUUCGGUGUGUUCCGAGGCUCCGCUUUGAGAGACGGGAGCCGACUGAUCAGUCCGGCCGACGGUCGGCCGUCACAUUGGUGUGUCAGAGCCCUAAAACGAAUGUCCCUUGGCGGCCAAAUCUGGAGAUCCAUACUUGGACAACUGGUCAAUGAACAAGAACCUCCACCAGAAUUCUGCGCCAGGUCAGAAUUCGGUGCCUUCCUGCUGUGUUUUACCCAUGCGGUAUGUCUAAGGUCUGGAGGGCGGUCCGGUCUGUACCCGUUCAGACUGUAUGGUGCUGCGUGUAGCUGAGCCUCGGUCUCUGUUCUAAAUGAUAGGUAUAACAGAUGUAAUUAUAAUGUAAGCUGGAACACAAUUUCGAUGUAGGCUCCAGGUGUUUUUACCAAAAUGUUUUUUUUUUCUUCAUUAUUUCUGUUCUGUUUUUAUUUUUUCAUUUUAUAUAUAUAUAUAUAUAUAUAAAUAUAUAUAAAAAAAAAAGGUUACUUUCACUCCUUUUACAUUUAGUGGUCGGAACUCAUCUGAACUCUUGUCUGCCAGUUUAUUCCAAGAAAAGCUCUGAUUGGUUUAGUUGAAUAAAAAUCUCCAAUGGCAGAGAGACUGUUUGAUGUUUUGUGAUUGGUUUGUUCUUGUUUUUCUUUGCUGGUGGCUUAGAGUUGAGCUGAUUUCCAACCCAAGUCAGCAUAAUAAUUAUUAUUAUUAUUAUAACCUGUUGUUGUUUUGGUGCAAAACCAAAUGCUCUGUCUAAAGUCUUUGUUCUUUGUAUAUGCAUUCUUUUAAAAAUAUUAAACUUAUACCUUAAUUGCCUUUA